AGGAGGACACGUGAGGCCCGGGUGAGCCGGCGGCAGUGCCGCUGCGGGAGGGCCGGCGGCGGGACGGCGAUGGCGGAUGUCGAUAAACUGAACAUCGACAGCAUCAUCCAACGGCUGCUGGAAGUGAGGGGGUCCAAGCCAGGCAAGAAUGUCCAGCUACGAGAGAACGAGAUCCGAGGACUCUGCUUGAAGUCUCGGGAGAUCUUCCUCAGUCAGCCUAUCCUCCUAGAACUUGAAGCACCACUCAAGAUAUGUGGUGACAUCCACGGGCAGUGCUACGAUUUGCUCCGGCUGUUUGAAUAUGGUGGCUUCCCUCCCGAAAGCAACUAUUUGUUUCUCGGGGACUAUGUGGACAGAGGCAAGCAGUCACUGGAGACGAUCUGCCUCUUGCUGGCCUACAAAAUCAAGUAUCCGGAGAACUUUUUCCUUCUCCGGGGGAACCAUGAGUGUGCCAGCAUCAAUAGGAUCUACGGCUUUUACGAUGAAUGCAAAAGAAGAUACAACAUUAAGCUGUGGAAAAAGUUCACAGACUGUUUUAACUGCUUACCGAUAGCAGCCAUCGUGGAUGAGAAGAUAUUCUGCUGUCAUGGAGGUUUAUCACCAGAUCUUCAAUCUAUGGAGCAGAUUCGGCGAAUUAUGAGACCAAUUGAUGUACCAGAUCAAGGUCUUCUUUGUGAUCUUUUGUGGUCUGACCCCGAUAAAGAUGUCUUAGGCUGGGGUGAAAAUGACAGAGGAGUGUCCUUCACAUUUGGUGCAGAAGUGGUUGCAAAAUUUCUCCAUAACCCUCCUUUUUAAACUGUAAUGUGUGCUGGUCAGCCUGCCGGGGGCUGCUGGCCUCCUCCAUUUUGGUUACCGCUGGCACUUGCUGGUUAUAGCAGCGAGUGAGAGGCACUUCAUUCUCAAGAAAGCCUUUUUGUUUUUAACCUGUUCCUUUGCAGACAACCGGUGAUGGUGUUAAGCUGUACAC